AUGCAUGUGAAGUUCAUCAUGUACACUCCUGAAAAAUUUAGCAGAAAAUCGUGUCUUUGGCAAGUAUGUAUCAAAUUGAAUGCAUGUUUUUGCUGUUAAUCGUUGCUGUGUAAUCACACUCUCUGUAGACCAGUGGAUUGUUAGCUUAUAUGACCUAUACAAACUCUUUGCAUAUUAAACUUUAAGCCAAAAAAAUGUAUGCAACUGAUCACAAUGUUUGCACUGUAUUGCGGUUUUACGGACAUGUGAAAGAGUUGUAUGACAUUUAUAGAUCAGUUCACAAUAACACAUACCGUGCAACUACUAAACCUGGGAUAUGUGACAGGUGCAUUGACUCAUAAGCACACAGCAACUUUUAUAGACGUAAUAACGUGGUGUGUGGACUGCAGUAGUGGAUGAACAGCAGUCAUGACUGAUAAAGAUUAGAUUACAAACUGUUGACUUUGGGCAUAUCAUUUAGAAUAUAAAGCCUACAAAAAUGAAGAAAAUUUACAUCAAGAGGUGCAGACAAAUAAUAAAAACAUUUGUCUUCUCGCUGGAACAUCAUGAACAUUUCAAGUCUAAUGUUUUCCCUCAGGUCAUACAAUGUUAUGCCUAAAAAUCGAGCUUACAUUAGCCUGUUUGAUGAGAACAGUUGCCAUUCACCAACACUAGAUGGCAACACUCUCAUUAAUGCCCCUAUUUAAAUCACAUGGUCGGAUUUACAGUGUAGAUUAUCCUGAACGUUUUCUUGACGCAGAAAUGCAUCGGUUUCAACAAUGUUUUAUGGUUAAGGUUUUUAAGAUACAUUUUUAAGAAGUUUCUAAGGUUCAGAUAAAUCACGUCAAGCUUUAGUGUAAAUAGUUCUGUAAGACUACAUAUUCCACGGACACCCUACGAAUCACACUAAUAAACCUAUAUACACGUAAUAAGGUCAAACCAGGAAAAAAUAUCCAGUUUGUUUGUUUAUUUAUUUAUUUAUUUAUUUGCAGGGCAAGCUAUUAAUUUAACAAGGGCUCCUUGAAUUUGAGCUCCUGUACAUUUGGAAAUAUAAAUUCACUUUUUUGUACGUUUGUUGUUUCCUGCAUUGAAAAACAGAAACCGCUGUGCAACAUUGUAAUCAUUUAUUUACAUUUACAUUACUGUUUACCUUCUCACAUUGGCCUCGUCUGCUCAAGGCCUGUUAAGUAGCUCUAUAGAAAAAUCGAUCGCCAACCCUCGACCACAAAGCAAGCCAGUUAUCGUGCUGCUCCGUCUCGAUUACUGUGGCCUUGAUUAGACGCCAGCGUUUUUUCCUUUAAGGAACUGCGUUUGGUCAGGCGGUUGUCAACAGGCUGAGCGAGAAAAGGAGUCGUUGAAACAACUUGGUACGUGGAACGGAUAACUCAAACGUUACCGUACGUUCCCGUGUCGAGAGAAGCCUGUCGACUCGCUUUGGAAGUUCAGUUUUGUUCGUUGUAUCCAGAUAAAAAUGAAGUCGCCUUCACACGAAGCCCCCUGAGCAACAUGGACAUGUGAAACUUGACUCUUCAGUAGGCAGAUGCAAGUCCCAGGCUGGAUUGAAUGGCACUGAGGAUACAAGACUGCAACUCAGUGGGAGUACUGCAAUGACCAGCCAGCAUCCUAGCCAUGCAGAGAGAGCUCACUCCACAGAAGAACAGCCACCUGCUGUGGCCCCCAAGCUCCAUGUACAGCGAUCGCUGUCAAAGGAAACCAUCACUAUCCACUUCUCAGCUUUUGGGAAGGUGGAAGAGGAGGAAGAAGAGCUCUACAGUACAACUGUCUCCACUACCUCAGCCACUCAAGAUGACUCAAAUAUUGUGACAGCCGUAGAAGCAAGCGAGGAGAUGUUUGAAGGGGUGCCACUGGACUCCACAGCCGAGGUUGCUGUCAUUCCUGAAUCAUCUAGACUUUCUCCCGUUUCUGGACACCACACUGCCAAUUCUCCCAAACAGACUCUGUCAUCGAGUAUUGCAGAGCAGAAAGGCUCGACUUCCAACUCCUGUCCUACUAAAUCUUUGAGCUUUCCCUCCAGUGACAAACCUUUUUUAAGUUUGGUGAAGUCUCUUUCCUCUGACGCAGAGUCUCGUGACGGGUUAUCUUCUGUUCCUGCUCCAUCAGUAAGGCACAGGCAUCUCAUGAAGACUCUCGUCAAAUCCUUAUCUUCAGAUACUUCCCAGGACUCCUCCUCCUCCACACCCUACCGUCUUCCGGAAUCCCGCCUUAACCUGCAACUCUUCAAGCAAUUCACACAGUCCAGGAUGCCACCUGCUACCAUGUCAUCAGCAGUUGACUCUAAAACUGCCCCUUCCUCUCCAUUAACAUCACCAGAUAACCGCAGCUUCUUCAAAGUGUCAGAUGUUGAGGCACGAAUUGAAGACACUAAGCGUCGUCUCUCUGAAGCCAUCUCCGAACCACUCCAACUGCUGAGUAAGAUCAUGGAUGAAAAGAGUGGCAGCUUAGUGAGCAGCAGCAUUUACCGGCCAAAGGCCCUCUCUGUCAGUGCCUCAGAACUCUCCAACAUUACUUCUAUCAAUGGUCACCUGGAGAGCAACAACAAUUACUGCAUCAAGGAGGAAGAAGGAGGGGACUGGGAGGCUGAGAGCCCCAAAAGCAGGGCCUCUGGUCCGCCUGAAUCACUGGUUAUUUCCACGAUUGAAACUAAGGGCCCCAACAAAUCAUCUUUACUUUCCAUGUCAUUGGACAAGUGCUCUAUGUCUGCUCUUGCUAAACAGGAGGAUGAGGACUUUUGCAUCCUGUACAGUGAGGACUUUGAAACUUGUAAUGACACAGAACAUGAUGGUGAUGUUAGAACUGAUGAUACUGGAGCUGGGAGUCAAACUAAAGUGCCACUAAGUGGUAGUACUGAACCGUGCAGUGAAGAUGAAACUGAAAGUAUUGAGUCAUUACCUAGUGUUCCACUCUAUACUCUCAUCAUCCUCACUGUACUGGUCUAUGGGUAUUUUGUAUUACCUCUGCCCAGUUACAUUGGAGGAAUGCUGCUUGGGAUUGGGCUUGGAUUCCUUUUAGCCAUUGGUGUUGUGUGGCUGACAGGACCAAAACCUUCUGGUGGUUUUAGACAUUCCAGAUACCAUGGGAAGCUGUGGAAUCUGACCAAGUUGGACAUUAAGGAACCAGACAUCUAUAAGGGCUGGAUGAAUGAGAUAUCGAACUAUGACCCAGAGACAUACCAUGCCACACUAACACACUCUGUGUAUGUCCGGUUGGAGGGUUCCAUCAUUCGUCUGUCUAAGCCCAACCACAACAUCGCCCGACGUGCCACACACAAUGAACCAAAACCUGAUGUCAGCUACAUCAGUCAGAAGAUCUAUGACCUUACCAACAGCAAAGUAUAUCUAAUGCCUCAGAGCCUGGCCAGGAAGCGCGUAUGGAACAAAAAAUACCCUAUCUGCAUCGAGCUUGGCAAACAGGAUGACUUCAUGUCGAAGGCUGAGGGUGACAGGUGGGAAGCCAAUGAGGGCGUGAGCAUAAGAGACAGAGUGGAGGGGAGUGGAGGAGCACAGGAACAAGGCUUUUCGUCUUCUUCCAGUAGGGACCUGACCCUUUAUCUGUUUGGAAGGACUGGGAGGGAGAAGGAAGAGUGGUUCCAGCGGUUUCUUUCAGCUUCCAAGCUCAAGCCAGACUUGAAGAAAACUUCCAGUGUUGCAGCAAGUAAGAGUGCUCUGAACUCUCACAGUCGCAGCAGCAGCCGCAGCAGUCUGGACGAGCAGCUGUUAUCUCAGCCCAGGUCAAAGGACUCCUCAGUCUCCUUAACAGCAGGCAGUGCCAAAACCAAGCCGCUAUUGGACUACAGUGUCUAUAUGGCCUCUUUACUACCAGAACAGGCAACAGUCAGUCCUACAGCUGCCAGCCCUGCUCUACAGAGUCCCCAGAGCAGCCCUGGAGCUGAUAAGAAGCUUCAGAGCACCACUUCAGCUCAGUUGCAGCCCAGGGGGGAGGAGGAGGAGGCUGUUGCCUGGGUGAAUGCGACUCUUGGUCGUGUCUUCUGGGACUUUCUGAGCGAGCCCUACUGGGCUGAACUUGUGUCCAAGAAGAUUCAGAUGAAGCUCAGCAAGAUACGGUUGCCUUACUUCAUGAAUGAGCUAACCCUGACAGAACUGGACAUGGGCUCAGCCACUCCCAGAAUCCUUGGGGCAUCCAAACCUUCCAUUGACUACCGAGGUCUGUGGUUUGACCUGGAGAUUUCCUACAGUGGCUCUUUCCUGAUGACCCUGGAGACUAAGAUGAACCUCAUUCGCCUGGGCAAGGAGGGAGAAAGCCUCCGCUUAGGGGAACUUGGCAAAGAUGGAUCCAGGCCACGGACUUACUGCCUGGCUGAUAGUGAUGAAGAGUCAUCCAGUGCAGGCUCGUCAGAUGAGGAAGACUCCUCAGAGCUCUCAAAUGACUCUGCUGGAGCAGAAGGAUUGGUGGGAGGCCACAAGCCCAGCAAGAUCAUGCGCUUCGUGGAUAAGAUUACUAAGUCCAAAUACUUCCAGAAGGCCACAGAGACAGAGUUCAUCAAAAAGAAGAUGGAAGAAGUGUCCAAUACACCCCUUCUGCUCACAGUAGAGGUGCAGGAACUCCAAGGAACGCUGGCUGUCAACAUACCCCCUCCACCCACUGACAGGAUAUGGUAUGGCUUUAGGACACCCCCCCACCUGGAACUGAAGGCAAGACCCAAACUAGGAGAAAGAGAGGUUACUCUGGCUCAUGUAACAGACUGGAUAGAGAAAAAACUGAACCAGGAAUUCCAGAAAAUCUUUGUAAUGCCAAACAUGGAUGAUGUGUGGCUGACUAUCAUGCAUUCUGCCAUGGACCCUCGCACAGUUGGUGGACCAUUAGUUGGCGCCGCAGUGGAGCUAGAGCCUUCGCAGCCAGAGAGAGACAGCUCCAGCCAGCCAUGAAGAUUGUUUACAGUAUUUUCUAGAGUUUAUGGAGACUCAAAAUGGGAACUGGAGCCAAAGUCAAUAGGUCAGAAGUGAGAGGAAGAAGUCCCUUAGUGAGUGGGUUACACACUUACCAUAGAGGAGAAUUUUUAAAGGAACAAGGUAGAGUUGACCAAGGAAACACUAAAGACAAACUGUUGCUUGCUGCUCUGCUCUGUGCCAGAAGAAAAGGUGAUUUGUCUUUGAAGGAUUUAUAUAACAGUAAGGACCUAUUGAAUGAAGGACUGAUUUGUGAGGAGAGGCUCAGGAUUGGGGGUUGGUUUAAUUUAUUAAGUGGUAUAUAUGGGGGUAUAUAUGUAAGUUUAUAAAGACAUGUGAACACUGAUGUGGAAGCAUUCACCAGAUACCUUACAGCCUGCAGAUGACAAGAUUCUGCUAAGGCCUGAGAGUGAGAUAAGCACGGUAGCCCCUUUUAAUUCUAUAAUUACAGCAAGUAGAGAUUGACAGUAUGAUAGUAUGUUGCUAUUAGAGGUGUUUCAUAGUGAAUGAUUUGUGAGUGAAGGAGAGUUGUAGUUUCAAGAAUUAAGUAUAAGCAGGUAAAAAAAGGGUAUUGGAAAAGCUCAGAUACUUGAUGUUAUGUUGAUUUACCAUAAAACAUUAAACCUUUAAGUGGCUUUAUGUGAGCAGUUCUGAUCAGAUUGUAACUAACAGUAUUCAUUAGUGCUGUGCCCACGCCCUGAACACCCCAUUCAUUUGCCAAACCCCUCUUUCUAUGCCAAUGAUACCAUUAUCCAUGUCAUCCACGGAAAUAAUGCUCAAGAGCAAACAUACAUUAUGUAGAAAAAAUGUCAUUCACUAUUUAAAUUCUAAUGACAAAUACACAAAAACGACAAGUGCAAUGAUAGAAAUGCUACACAGGCUUUAGUAUGAUUUUGUAUAGAUAUUAUAUUAAAGUGUAUGUCUGAUGAGAAGUACGAGGCCUCUAACACGUCUAUUGAAUGUAUGUAUUGAUAUUUUUGGUUUCUUUUGUUAUUGUAUGAAAAUAGUUUUUACUCAGUCACAUUUUGACUGGGCUAUGCAAAUUAUUGCACAAAUAUAAAUUUUUUCUCCUUUUUUUUCUUAUGAAAAACACUAUCUCAUCUUGCAUAUCUUUUUCCAAAUGUGUCAUUCAAUCCUUAUGUUAAUGGAGUACCAGGUGGUGUAUUUAUAUAUUCAUCAUUUAUACUUUAACGUUGUUAAUGUUGAUGAUGAUGUUGGAAGUGACUUUAAAUGACCAAUUUCGAUAUGUGACAGUGCUAUAAAAAGACUCUACCUGCUACAGUGUAUGUAGAAAGACACAACAUAAGAGACACUUGGGUGAAGUAAGGUAUGUACUAUGUAGUAGAGCAUCUAUUGCCAAGAAUGUAUAGUCUUAUUUACAGUUUCCUUCCUGAGAAUACUGUUUAACCAUAUUUCUAAUCUUAACCAAAGUCCUUCAAUUAGGCCUAUGGUGCCAGAUCUCUCUCUGCUAAAGGGUACACAUCCUAUAUUGAUAUAGCAUUGUGAAGUAAUAUUUACGAAUGUGCUACAAUACCUGCAUUAACAUUGUUUACGGGAAUUCUUACCUAGUUUUAAAUUUUUUGCUCUUAGCACUAUAACACGAAAUGGAUUUUUUUUUUUUCUGUACGAUUUUCUUUCCCUUUAAGCCUUGGUUACUUUUUUGUUAAGUAUUUGUUUUGAAUGACUAUGUGAGGUGGGCUAUGGUUGUUUGUUUUUUGGCUACUUCUUUGGAAUAAACAGAAUGAAAUAAGAUUUUUGAGGAUAUAUGAAGAAUAUGUUAUGAUUUGUAUCUGUGAAUUAUGAAUGACUUUUUUAAAUGUAAUUUUAAAGCCAAAUUCAGUGAU